CGCGGCGCUAGCAUUUUAGGAUUCGUGAAUCGAUCAAAUUUUAAUUUGCAAAGAAAUACUAAUUAACAGGAUUAAUUUUCAAUCUUUCGUGAUUGUAUUAGUAGAAUUGAGGCCUCAAUUGUAUUAAUUUUUUUUGAUACCAUUAAAAUCUGAGAAUAUAUAAAAAAAAAAUUAGUAUAUUUAGUUAAAUCAAGCUAUUAGCUAUGCAUUUGAAGAGGAAUUAUAAAAUUUCGACAGUUUUGCAAUUUUGUAUUUUAUUAAUAAAUGUUUACUCAAAGUUAAUUAACUUAUGAUUGAAUCAUCUCCGCUAAUCACAGAGUAGUCGAUCCUAAUCCUUCAACUGACUUUCAAUAACGACUUUAAAUAACGACAAAUAAACAGACAGGAUUUAGUAAGAAUUUAAGUCAACGAGAAAUCUAAUAACAUCGUCUAAUUUAUAUAUCAAGAAAUACUUAUCGUUUGUUAAAUCAUAAAAUUAUAACAGGGAAUACAUCUAAAAUCUGAAAUUUUUUUACCAGGCGGAUACCUAACCUAAGUCAAUUCAAAGCAAUGAAGAAAAACUUACCAAAGCAAUGAAGUCUUAUAAACUCAAUAUUUCAUCGACAUUUCAACCAAAUACAUUUCAAACUAAAUUGAUACAUUUUUUUACUUAAUGGUAAUAAUUUUGUACAUAGAGAUGUCCUCGCUCUCGUUAAGAAAAUUGAAAAAAGCAGCAGUAGAGAAGGUUGACAGGCAACGAAAGAGGAUCGACCGAUUUGAUGGACUUACGGAGGAGGAGGUGCAAAAAUACACUCUGCCAGACUACUUAGAAAUGAAUCUGGAUGUGGUCUUCGUCGGUAUAAAUCCGGGUCUGAUGGCAGCCCAUCGUGGCAGAUAUUACGCCGGUCCAGCCCGAGCUACGAGGUCCUCGGCCGAUUUGAAACGCACAGAGAUCAAAGAAGGUUCCAAGAUUGUUGAAGAAAAAUUGAGGCUUUACAAGCCGAAGAUCGCCGUCUUCAAUGGUAAAUGCAUUUACGAGGUAUUUGCUAGUAGAACAGGUAAUUUCAACUUUGGCCUGCAACCAGAGAAAGUUGGCGAUACCGCGAUCUGGGUCACCCCAUCGAGCAGUGCACGUUGCGCAAACUUUCCAAGAAUGAUAGACAAACUACAAUUUUUCACUUCCUUGAGAAAAUAUUUACAGUUCCUGAAGGGAGAGAUCAAGAACGUCGACAUGAAAGAGUUCUCGUUCGAAGGGAAAUGCAAGCAGUUCAUCCCGCGAACGUCGAAAAUGUGGCGGCGGAAAAAUAUAUCCGCGUUCUUGCAUGGAGGGAGGAUCGCUAACAAAGACACUAUAUGCCUAGACACAUCUGAUGAAAAUGUGGCAAUGGCUCGUAGCACAGAGUUCAUUGUGAGGAAUUUUGAAUCUGAAAGAAAUGAUAAAACCGAUAAGAUACUCGGUACGGAUGAAUCUGAUUCGUCGCAAGAUUUCGAGGCAUGUAUUUCUCAGGAUACUGUGAAAACGUUUUUCGAAAGUAAUGAAUCACCAAAGAGGCUGCCGCAAUCUCCAAACGAUAUAGCAACAGAUGCAAAUCAUACUGUAGUCGGCGAUGUCAAGAAACCUAAAUGCCGAACAAAUGGUAAAAAGAAAAAAGAUGUUAAAAAAUUUUCUAAAAAGCCAAUCAGAAGAGAAGGUGUCGAAAAGAACAUUAACGCAGAUUUUAUAAAUUUGAUAAAACAAAGACUAAUAGAAAAAAUAAACAAUUUUGAAUGA